AUGUGCCAGGCAACAGGCUCAGAGCUGCAGAAGGAUAGUGCCACCGAACUUGUGAGGGGAUCCUGUACAGAUAAACCCUGGAGAAGUUCAAGCUGCCCGCUGUUCUCUAUCAACCCAGAGACGGACAACGUGGGAGGAGGAAUAGGCGUUGCGAAGUGCCAGAAUACCGAGCAAGAGUUGUAUUAUUGCAUCAACGCGGUCCAAGACCAGGUCAAUUGUACCGCGAAGCAGAAUGUCCUGUUCUUCCAACAACCUGCGAUUGCAAUCACAACCAUCGGUGUCCACCCAACGAGCUCAAUAACAAGAAUAACAACAACUCCAGAAACCAGCACAUCGAUACCAUCAUCGGUAGUAACCUCCGCUGCCACAUUUGACCCGUCUCGACUAUCCCGGCAGAGCCAAUUGAUCACGAAUAGUGCCACUGAGAGCCCGACGCCCAACUCAGAUAGCCAACCAGCACCGGCGAGCGACCGGUCCGUGACGAUUGGUGCAGCCGUGGGCGCAUCAAUCGGCAUCUUAGCCCUCGGGGCUUUUGGCAUUUGGCUAUUCUUCUUCUUGAGCCGACAAAGGCAAGCUAGAGAAAGGACUUCUGACGACGGUACUUCUUCAUAUACUGCCCAAAGUCCUGCGUCGCAUCGAGUCUAUGAGGCGUGGAGACCAACAGUGGGUUACAACCAUCAUCUUAGGCCCCAAGAGCUGCCGACAGGUGAGCACAACGCCAGCUGA